AUGACUCGCGCCGAGGCGCCGCCUAUCUUCCUCCAGCUACAAAAUGCGGAUUCCUUGUCAUCACAAGCUGCUGCUCUGAGAGCCCUGAAGAAUGAGACAAUUGGCCAUGAUCAAAGGAAAGAGGCCUGGGUACGAUUGGGGCUCAUUCCCAUACUUUCCAACGUGCUUGCGUCUCGGGCACUCGACAAGAGCGAGCUCAAUAACGGCACCAAGCAGCCCGAGUUGCCUGGCUCUAGAGAAGAAUCGGAUGAUGUUUGCUUACAGGCAAUAAUUCUUGUUGGGAGCUUAGCGCAAGGAGGCACACCUUUCCUAUCGCCGAUCUUAUCGAGCAAUAUACUUCCGAUACUCCUCUCCAUUCUAUCAUCCAACUGCCCUUCUUCCUUCGUUCUUCCUAUUCUCCGGGUUUUGAAUAGUGUGGCGGAUAGAUUGCCUCUACAGAGCCAGCAACAAUGGCCCAGGGAUACUCGCUUGGCGGACAUUCUUUUCUCAACGGAGCACAUUGGCUGCUUGACCCGCAUCCUUGGCCAGGAUUACAGCAGCCACAGUCGGCUGACUGCGAUUGAACUGGCUGCAGGUCUUAUUGGGAAGCUGUGCACAGAGGAAAGCCACAAGGCUGUUCUGGCUGAAAGUGGUGUUUUAGACGCUCUGGCGGUCAAAGUCGCAUCGUUUAUAGUUGCGCAGGGAUUCGUUUUCCCCGGCGCAGAGAGCCACCUAGAUGAUGUAGGCGCUCUGGGGUCACUGCCACCUCCUGCGCCCCGCGGGGCUAAGCUUGCGCCCAUUUUACGUGCUGUGACGGUCAUCGUUGAGCAUUCCAAGUGGCGAGCGGAGCAUUUUCUCUCUUCUCCAGGUAUAGUUACUGUGUUUCCACGGCAAAUACCAGGCUUUUCCCCAUCGGAUAUCAAGAAGGGCCCUUGGGGCUCCACUUAUUUUUCAGGGUCCGCGGUGCCACGGCACCUUGGAGGGACGCCUCUAGAGUAUCUUCUUCCAUCUAUUCCUUUGUCACAGUUGAAGCCCUCUGCUAGCUCAUCCAACUUUCCACCGCUAGGUCAGUAUGGGCAGCAUCGCCGACAGAGCCAUUCAUUUCCCACCCCGCUGUCCAGUUUCGAACCGCCCACGGCUGAGGACGAUGAGAAUCCGGUUGUCCCCUGGCUGCUAUACCUCGUCCGUGCUGAGAGCGGCAUGGCUCGUCUGAUGGCAGCCCGCUUUGUGACGGUAUUAUGCCGCCUGGGACUAACCAAAAAGCACAGGAUCUCCAUGCUCUGCUAUCUGUUAAUCCCGAUUCUGCUUCGCAUGCUCGAUAAGGACUACGAGGCCUCUGACGACGGUGUCCAAUACGGUGGACUUAUUUCUUCCUCGCAACGCAUUAAGGAGGAAGCUCCGGGUGUGCUGGCCACCUUACUUGUUGAUGAUCGAGAACUGCAGAAACAUGCGGUUGAGGGGGAUGCGAUCAAGCGACUAUCCCAGCUUCUCAAAGAAACUUAUAAUCCAAUCCAUGAGCCAGCUCGAACAAUGUGGCAUGCUGAAGGCCAACCGAAGGUUGAGGACCAUGACUCGCAGCCGGCGGAGUGUCGAUUAGGCCCUCCUGGAUACUCACCCCUCCGUUACCAUAUCUUGAGAUAUCGGGAAAAUAUAUUGAAAGCCUUGGCUGCACUGGUUCCUUUCAAGGACGAGUAUCGCAAGGCGGUAUGCGAGCACGGUGUUGUGCCAUAUAUCAUUGAUUCUCUCAAACCCUUCCCAGACCAAAUACCAGCAGAGUCCUCCGAUCCAGGAAACACUGCUGCUGACGGCAACCCAACACCGACCCUUCUGGCAGCCUGUGGUGCAGCCCGCAUGCUCACUCGCUCCGUUAGCGCUUUACGAACGAGCUUGAUUGACGCCGGCGUCUCAACCCCGCUUUUCGCUUUGAUUCGACAUCCUGAUAUUGAGGUGCAAAUUGCCGCGACCUCAGUAAUCUGCAAUCUUGCUCUAGAUUUCAGUCCUAUGAAAGAGGCAAUUAUAUCGGCCGAAAUUCUUCCCAUUCUGUGUGAGCAUGCACACUCAUCGAAUACUAAACUUCGGAUUGAAUCAUUAUGGGCGCUAAAGCACGUCGCCUAUAACUCGGCAAAUGACGUCAAAAUCAAGAUCAUCGAGGGCUUGGGGCCGGAAUGGAUUAAACAAGUUAUUACUCAGGAUCCGACAAGUGUUCUCGCGAAGCGUGGGCUUGAGGACGAUACAGACAGUAACACUCCAAGCGGGAUGAGUCGGGCCAAUUCAGCUGGCGAACGGGUAGACUUGCUGAAUCCGAUGGAUGACUUCCGGGAGAGGGAUGAGGACAUGAAAAUGACCGAUCCUGUGCCAUCAUCCAAAGUCAGUCUAGAUAUGUUCUUUCCAGACGCCACUAGACGACGUAAGCUCGCUUUGCAUGGCGAUCUUGACCAAACCACACAAGCCCGUCAGGAUGACAUUGCGGCGCAAGAGCAAACCUUUGAUCUUCUAAGAAAUGUCAUAUGUGGGCCUGGUGCAUCGGAAAUGAUUGACUAUCUCUUCAAGGAACUCGGCCAGGAUUUGCUGCUGGAUACCUUGGCCGAUAAACUGCGCCCAAGGUCUAUCCAGCUGCCUCAUCGGCGAGAGUCCCCAAACCAUCGCGCGCUUCAGGUCCCCACUGAGAUUUUGGUCGCAGUAACGUUCGUUAUCAUCCACCUCGCUGCAAGCCUUCCAUGGUACCGGCAGCUCAUAGUCUCACACCGCGAUCUCAUUCGUUAUUUGAUGGGUUACUUUAACCACAGCCACCGAGACGUCCGUGCCAAUUGCGUGUGGGUGGUAAUUAACCUCACAUAUGAGGAUGAUGUUCACGAUCGAGAGGGUUGCCGGAAACGCGCACUCGAGCUACGUUCAAUUGGGGUACUAGAUCGACUGGCUAGCCUUGAACAUGACCCGGACCUUGACGUUCGCGAGCGAACGAAGACGGCACUGCACUUGGUAAACUCGUUGACACACUCUUAG